AACAAGUAAAUAAAACAAAAAAAAGCGAAAUAUAUGCUAAAACUGUCAUCAGGUAUGACUGUCACUGGUUUACGUGUGAAUAUGACUAGCCCGACGGUACCACCGCAAACCGCCAUGAAUACAGCCAACAGUUCCACUACCACUGUUGUGGUAUCGCCACCGGCCACGGCCAUUACCACCACACCCACAUCACCCUCCGCCAUAAUAAUGGCCCAUCAACAGCAUUUACGGAAUCUGCAGCAAUCACAUCAACAUACCCUAAAUAAGACCACAUCGCGUUUAAGUAAUUUCAGUGUGGCCUCACUGUUGGCCGAUACCAGGCCAAGGUCUCCAAGUCAUAAUUCGCAUUAUGGUGCUGAUAAUACGAGCAAUAUGCCAACGAAUUUGUCGAGUACACCAUCGGCUGCCACCUCACCUGUAUCACACGAAUCCUCGUCAUCACCUGCCUCACCAAAUCAUCCAGCAGCAACACAUCCGCCACAAUUCCAUCCUGUGACAAUGGCCCAUCAUGCCCAUUUACUGCAUGCGGCCCAUGUAGCCCAGCAACAACAUGCCGCCGCCAUGGCUGCUGCAGCAGCGGCAGCUGUGGGAGCAUCCACAAAUCCAAAUGGCAAUCCCCACUUACCUCAUCAUUUACCCGCCCACCUAAGACAUCCUCUGAAUCCAACCUCGGCCAGCGGUAAUCCAUCAAAUAAUGAAAAUACAAAUAGCAACAACAACAACACAACUACCCCACCACAAUCAUCCGGCGCCAGUUCAAAUAAUCCUGCCGAAUCAAUGUCCACAACAACAAAUUCCGCCUCCUCUGUAACGGCCAAAUGUGAACGAAACUCACCCAUUGGCAGUUCCAUUGAUUCGGAACUGGAAUAUGAUGAAGAUUUGAAUGAUCAAGAUUUGGAACAUGAUGAAGAAGAAGAUUCCAUUGUGGAUAUUGAAGAUAUGAAUGCUGAUGAUUCACCACGUUCAACACCCGACGGUUUGGAUUCAAGUAAAUCUCCAGAUGCUGGUAGUGCCAAUUCAUUGGCAAAUUCUCCACAUUUACUGUCGCCUGCGGUUUUGGCUGCCUCGGGGCAUGGACCCAUUAGACCAACACCAUUUAGUGCCUUGGCUGCGGCUGCAGUGGCCUGGGGUGGUAUUGGUGGUGCUGGGGUACCAUGGCCGGGCGCCAGGCAAAUGCCACCAUUUGGACCACCAGGACUAUUUCCGGGACAAGGUUUCGGAGGUGGAGAUGCAAAUGAACCGCCACGUAUUAAAUGCAAUUUACGUAAACACAAACCCAAUCGUAAACCCCGCACACCAUUCACCACACAACAACUGUUGUCGCUGGAAAAGAAAUUCCGUGAAAAACAAUAUCUAAGUAUUGCUGAACGUGCUGAAUUUUCCUCCUCCCUAAGGCUAACGGAAACACAAGUGAAAAUUUGGUUUCAAAAUCGUCGUGCCAAGGCGAAACGUUUGCAAGAGGCUGAAAUUGAGAAAAUUAAAAUGGCUGCUUUGGGUCGUGGUGGUCCGGGUGCCCAAUGGGCCAUGGCCGGUUACUUUCAUCCCAGUCUAAUGCAUUUGGGUUAAAGUCUC